AUGGUAGAUGAGAGGUUGUGGAAGAGGCUGCAGGUGAUGGAUAGGUGUAGUUGGCCUAAAAAAAUAGUGGAGGUGGCUGGAAAUCACUUUGGGUCGAAAUGGGUUGCUACGCUGGUGUACGAGUCGAAGGGAAUGGUUUCCACAAGAAUCAAAAUUUUGUCUUUUGAAGUAGAAGAUGACAGAAUGGAAGGCAACGACUGUGAAGAAGAAGAUGACGGCCAUGAAGACGGUGAUGAUGACGAUGGCAAUUAUGAUGAUGAGCAGGAUGAGGAUGAUGAUGGCGAUGAUGAGAAAAUUAAGGAGGGAGACGACGAGGCUCUCUGCAAUAGUGUAAUCCACUCUCUCAAAGGUUCGUGUUUAGACUGCAAAGCUUUGCUCCUAUGUCGAAAUUCUAGUUAA